AUGUCUGCGCCUACCUCUGCUACGAGUGAGAUGCCCACGCGCAGUCUCACAAACCGAUCUGCCGACGAAGAUGCCAUUCCAGGAGAGGAUACCUCAGAGGUCACGAAGCUCUUUGCAGAGCGAUUGCAAGCUUGGAAACACGCCGUUGCGUACCUCGAAGACUACGUUACCGCAACAGAGAAGACGAACCACGCACACGGCAAGGAGUAUGAGCGAGUCUUGAAGACGGUCAAGGAUCCCCUGAAAGAGGGCCACCACUUCGACCAGUCGCUCGGCGGUGUUGCGGGCAUGUUCGAGAACAUCAGGUCCAACACCCAGGGUAUCUCCAACCAACACUACGAGACUGCGAAGCAGCUGAAAGGCGCCGUUCUCCCCAUCUUCGACCGCCUGCACACCGAGAUCAAGAACAAGAGCAAGGAGCUCACAAAGGGAGCCGGCAAGGGCAGUAAGGCUGUCGACAAGGCUCGCCAGCACACCCAGAAGCACAUUGAGCUUCUUGGCCAGCACACCGCAGUCUUCGACUCCCACAGCGGCAACAUGAAGGCUACCGACGACCCCUACAUUCUCCAACGCGGAGUUAACCACCGUCUGCACAAGCAAGUGCAGGAGGAGAACAACAACCGCCAGGACCUGAUUAGUGUGCAGAACUCGUUCGCGCAAUUCGAAGCCCACAUCAUCCAAACAAUCCAGCAUGGAAUGGGCCAGUUCCUGCAGGUCGUCAACACCCAAGCCGAGCACACCAAGGCUGCAUACUCCGACAUGGUCGGCACAUCCCAGCGCAUCCCUCUCGACUUCGAGUGGAACGGCUUUAUCCAGCGCAACAACACCGUCCUGAUCGACCCUUCAGCUCCGGCCCGCAAUGUCUCUGACAUUAGCUUCCCCAACCAAAACCACCGCUCCACCCAGCCACUCAUAUCUGGCUCUCUCGAAAAGAAGGGCAAGAUCAUGCGCUCCUACGACACAAACUACUAUGUCGUUACUCCCUCCAAGUUCCUUCACGAGUUCAAGACAGACGACGACUUCGCUAAGGACCCAGUCCCCGAACUGUCUCUCUACAUCCCCGACUGCGUCAUCGGUGCUGUCAACGGUCAGAAGUUCAACGUCAAGGGCAAGGACGUGUCCAAGGGCAAGAUUGGUGGUGCUUUCUCCAUGACACACGAGUUCGCAUUCAAGGCACACACUCCACAAGCUGCAGAACAAUGGUGGGACGUUAUCCGCCAGGCAGCCGGUAAGGUGACCAACGAGGCACCGUCCAGCGUACCUACCAGCCCCGUCUCCGGAGAUACCAGCCCUCAGAAUAUGUUCCCUGAAGAGAAGACGCAACCCGCUCCUAUCCAAACCCAGGGUCUAGAGAAGACUGGUACUAACGUCACCGACCACGCUAGUGCGCCAGGCUCCGCUGUGCCAGGAAGUGCGACUACGGCGCCCUCUAGUGCUGUCCCAGGCGAGCCAGGAAAAUACUAG